AUCUCUAUCUAUCUCAUCUUUUGUCUUUUUCUUACAUUUCAUUCACGAUUGACCUUUUAAGGUUUAUCAUUUUUUGUUGACUAUCCUCUGGAUUCGGGAUUUUUUACUAAUUUGUUUUUUUUCUUCUCUCUUUUUAGAUGGCUUGACGAGUCAGGCAUUUGGAGUUGUCGUAUCAAGGUUCCCCCACAGUCGCAUGUCGAUAAUUCAAGAGCGAUUGAUGAAAAUAAUUCCAACUCCAACUCUUUCACAAUGUCGACGAACCAUUCAAUGGAUGCCGCUUUGGAGAUGACAAGUCCAAGGCGUAAGGGCAAGCUUGCGGAGACGAUACAAUCCAUGGCAAACUUGAAUAGCAAUAUCGAAAAUAUGGAAUUGCCCAUGGAUCCGGAUGCGCAGGCAACAAUCACAGACUUUCUCGAUUUUACGGAAUAUUUACCUUCGGAUUUGGUUCGGUCAAUGGCGCUCAUCAGUGAUCUGGAUGAGAAAUAUGUCAAUGCCUCAUUGAACGUAAAUGACUUUACGAGAACCUAUGGUCAUCUUCCGGAUCUCCCCGCCGACUCAAAACCUGAUCCUGUCUCUCUGCGAAAAGAUAUAUCUACGAGCUUGACUGAUGCCCUUUGCGCACGCACAUUAGCUUUCGCAGAAGCAUCACAUAUGGUUGAGAAUGUGGAGAGACAUUUCAAGAGAGCGCAGAAUAUAUUGGCGAAGCUUGAGGCCAUGGCCGAAAACUAUCCUGAAACCCGAGAACCAAGCCCUCUUCCGCAGAAAUCCAAUUCACCUGUCGCCAAUCGAGCCCCAGGAAAGCUACUCUUACGCGCUGGAAACUCUGAUGGACGUAUGCGUGUACGCAGACGACGCGCCCCAAUCAUUACUGUUCCUGGUGAGGUCAUGGCUCCAUAUGAGCUUGAUUACGAAUCUUAUGAUUCGUACAGUGAUGAUUCGGAAUCGGAUGUUGGUCUACCUACACCACGUCGGCAUACACCUGCACGAUCCGUAUCAGUCAAUCCUAAGAUUAAGUUGAAAGUCAAGCCACCUAAGAAAGAGAAAGUACCCAAGACCCCUCGAGCACCAAGACCACCAGGAGUUAUGGGAACGAAUGUACAUAGUGCGGUUGCCGGUAUAUCGACGAGUAAUGCGUUAGCGAAGCUUCAACCUCCACCACCAGAUGCGAAAGCGGGAAGCGAAGAUGCGCCUUGGCUUCAAUUGACCGCAUGGGAGCUUGCUAAGCUCAGAAAGAGAAUGAAAAAGAAUGCGGUAUGGAGCCCGAGCGAUACAAUGAUCGCACGUGAAUUAAAACAGUUGGGACGAGGAAUAGAAGCGUAUCGUACUGCAAAGAGUAAGGCUGACGCUGCAGGACAGCCUUUCGAUCAACCGGUACCCCCCCAACUCACUGGGAAGACAGUCAUCGCCGAAGGUGCAAUAAGUGCGGAAGCCCUGGGAGCAGAGGAGAUACAACUCAGCAAUCGUGGUAUGAAGCUCAACGAAGCUAAGAAAUUAAAAAGAGAGGCUGCCGCGAAAGAGCUGGCUAAGUUGGCGGCUGAGGAAGCAGAAGAAUCUGUACGAAAAAUGACAGAAGCUGCUAGUACAGUAAAGAGCCUUUUCGGAAAUCACCCCGAAGAUGAGAAGAAAGAAAAAGAGAAAGAGAAAGCUACUACUAAAACACCAAAGAAGCAAGUAUCGAGAAAACGUAAACGCGAGUCGACGAUUGAAGAUGUCAAGGCAAAUGGCGAGAGCUCAUCAAUUGUAGAUGGCAUAGCUGACACGAAUGAAAUCCAAGGUGAUAGAGUAAAUGAAGCAGAUUCUUCGAAAUUAGGUAAGCCUCAAUUCAAGAGAACGAAGACGGAAACUCCGGUUCCGCCCCCUCAUCCCAUCAUCACAAAUGCCACUCCCCGCGCAACUCCUGUACCUACUUUGGAAUCUGCCGUCUCCGUGGCAUCUUCCAUUGCUCUCUCAGCAGCCAAUACAGAUACACCAACUGGAUCUACUCCAAUUGUUCCAGUAUCCGCUACAUCACCACCAAAAUCUUCAACGCCAAUUCUUCCUCCAGGUGUGGAAAAGAAGGAAGCUAAGAAGGAGGCGAGAAAAGCAGCAGCUGUUGCUAAGAAGGAAGCCAAAGAAGCAGCCAAAGCAGUUGCGGAUGCGGAAAAGGCAGAAAGGAAUGAGGAGAAGAAAUCGGAAAAGCCAGAGAAAACAACUAACACACGUAUCACCCGAAAAGCAACUCCUGUUGCUUCAUCAAUGGAACCUACUACAUCAGCAACAGAAUCACUACCAUCUAAGAGACCAACAUCUUCCCGUGGUAAAGCAGCUGCAGCAAAAGAAGCAGCGUCAGCCGCUAUUAAGUCAGAGGAUCCUGUUUCUGCCGCUCCAACUCCGGCAGCCUUGGAUCGUCCGAGACGUACCAGCACCGCUCGUAAUACACCCGCACCAGAAACUCGCCAACCAAGUAAAAGAGCUAAGAGACCUGCACCAGGAGUCGUAACUGUUAGUACAGAAGGUGGCUCAACUGCUGUAAGUGUUGGCAAGAGAAGAGCCGCUCCACGUAAAAAGGCAGGACAGAAAAAAGAAAAGAAAGAUGGAAGAGAAGGUAGUGCAGUUCAAGAAGUAUUGGAUGAGGUGGAUGACGAUGGAAAUUUGAUUGAUCCAAAUGAGCCAAGAUAUUGCACUUGUAAUCGGGUUAGCUUUGGCACGAUGAUUGCUUGUGAGAAUGAUAAUGUGAGUUUUUUAGUUGUUUUUUGUUAAUUUUUUCGGAAAUUUGGAAGUCAGAACUAACGAGCUAUUUGAUUAAUAGUGCGAAAAAGAAUGGUUUCAUCUGGAGUGUGUGGGUUUACCUGCAAUUCCUCCUAGAACUACUAAAUGGUAUUGUCCGGAUUGUAGGAUUAUUUUGGGAAUUGGUGAAAAGGGGGAGGUUAAUGCUAGGGGAAGGAAAAAGUAAGGGAGUGGUCUGGCUGGUUGGUUUGUUGGCUAGCUAGCUAGCUAUCUAGCUAAUAUGGAGUUUAUAUUAUGCCUGGUUUGGCUUGAUAGAUUGAUGGCUUGAUAUUUGUUAAUAGGGAUUUGGGGAUGAAUGUAUGAAUAUAUGGAUGUAUGGAUGUAUGGAUUGUGGAUGUGUGGAUGUGUGGGUGUAUGGAUGCAUUCGGCUAUAUUGGUUUGUACAAUGGAUGAGGGAUGGUGAAGGUGAAAGGUAUACAGGAUGUAGGAUCUAGGAUGCAGGAUGGAAUACAAGAAGAUGGAUGGAUGAAUGAAUGGAUUAUGAAUAUAAAAUUUAUUUCCAUG